GUUGGGCGUCCUUCGUCAAGAGAGCAGUCGGACCUAUGACUUCGAAUCCAACGACGACGAGAAUGCUUACAUCUCCACCUCGGAUGAAGACGCAGAGGUUGGACAGAGCCUGUCUCGCACAGAGGGCAAGCUCCGCCGGCGGGCUUUGGCACAGCA